UAUUUUUCUUUUCUUUUUAAAUACUUCAAUCACAUGUGAAUAAAUAACAUACAAUUUCUUUCACCAUUAUAACAAUUUAAGACGUAGAAUUUGGUAAGGGGCCGCGCGGACGCAGGCCCCCACUAUCACAAAUUAUGACGUACACUCUCCCACUUGGGGAGAUGUUAGGCGAGCACCCCUCCCGAGUGCAAUGGAGGACACCCGCCUAGGCCAUGAACCUUCAUGAUCGUUCAUAGACCCCGUCCAGGUAAGUAUGGUGUCUUUGUAUCUCUCCUUUCGCUUUAUACUCCAAUCCCUUUUCUCUUCUCUUCUGCUCUUUCGAUGUGGGACAACUGUACCUCUCAACGUCAUGUUUCUCUCAUCUCACCUCCCCUGUCCCUUCGAUAAUCCAAACCAACCCGGCAAGAGAACUCUCUCUCUCUCUCUAUUAUCCGUUGAUCGUGUUUUAUGUGAACGUUAGCGGUGCUGUGUGAUGGUUAAGCGAGACACUCUGGGAGAUACGUAUGGAGUUUUUUGAAUGUAAAGGAACCUCUUAGAGUGCUGGUUACUGGAGCUGUAGGGCACAUAGGUUAUGCUCUUGUUCCAAUGAUUGCUAGAGGACUAAUGCUUGGUCCAGACCAGCCUAUAAUACUCCACAUUCUCGAUAUUCAAUCUGCGAGGGAGCCCUUGAAUGGGGUGAAAAUGGAAUUGACCGAUGCUGCCUUCCCACUUCUUAAAGGCAUUGUGGCAACUACUGAUGUUGUCGAAGCCUGUAAAGGCGUCAACAUCGCAAUUAUGCUUGGCGGAUUUCCUCGAGAGCAAGGAAUGGAAAGGAAGGAUGUAAUGUCUAAGAACAUUUUGAUUUACAAGACCCAAGCUUCAGCCUUGGAGCAUGCUGCUGAAAAUUGCAAGGUGCUAGUGGUUGCUAAUCCUGCAAACACCAACGCCCUCAUCUUGAAGGAAUUUGCUCCUUCAAUCCCAAAGAAAAACAUAACUUGUCUUACGAGACUCGAUCACAAUAGAGCGCUUGGCCAAAUUGCCCGAAGGCUAAAUAUUCAUGUCAGUGAUGUGAAAAAUGUCAUCAUAUGGGGCAAUCACUCUUCAACUCAAUAUCCAGACGUUAACCAUGCUACUGUCACAACCAGCCUUGGUCAGCAACCCGUUCGAGAACUUAUCGCUGAUGAUAAUUGGCUAAAUGGCGAGUUCAUUACAACAGUACAACAAAGAGGUGCAACCAUCAUCAAAGCCCGAAAACGAUCGAGUGCACUAUCUGCUGCUAGUGCUGCUUGUGAUCACAUACAUGAUUGGGUCCUUGGCACUCCCAAGGGAACAUGGGUAUCAAUGGGAGUGUACUCUGAUGGGUCUUACGGGAUCGAUCCUGGCCUUGUGUACUCUUUUCCUGUUACUUGUGACAAAGGAGAAUGGAAAAUUGUGCAGGGGCUCAAGAUUGAUGAGUUUUCAAGGGCAAAGAUGGAUGCCACCGCGAAAGAGCUCUAUGAGGAAAAAGAAUUGGCCUAUUCAUGCCUCGAUCCACAACAAACUCAAGCUUUAUAGACAAAAUUGAAAGAAGAGAUGACAAAAUAAGAAUAUUGAAUUUAUAACAUUUGUGAGUUUAUGUUGUUGAUUUGUUGUGGAGACAUUUUAUCAAUAUUAUUGAAAAAAUAAAGUAGUGAUUUGGGAACUA